UUGCCUUUUUUAUCGUGUAGGAAUAUUGUGUGGAGACACGAUCCUUGUGACAGUGCAAAACGAAAGCCAUUCAUCUCCGUGGUAGUGUAUCACUUGAAUUCUUUUUGUUAACAACUAUCGGUCGUCAUGAUUCAAACCGGAACGCAGCCGAGCACGCAAUCCGUGUUCCGGUCGCCGCGUCGGGCGACUCUUGCAAAACGCGCGCUGGCAUCGCUCAACAUGCAGCAAAACAUCAACAAUAAUAAUAACGUCAUCCGUCGACCGAGCUCGGGGAAUGUUUCGAAAGUGCGUCGGUGUCUCUUCGGUCGAUCGAACGAAGAGGACACGGAGAACAACUACAAUAUCGUCGUCGGCGAGCUCGUGUGCGAGUUCCGCAACAAGUGGGGUUUUGAUGUCGAGUCUGGCAAGUCCGUGCCGAAUCACCGCAUGAAUUGGGUGAAAGUUGACGUGAACGCCAAUGUGUGUCCGAGCAAGACUGAGUCGACGCCGUUGAAAACCAUCAGUUUGCAGAACACGGAUGUGAUGUCCCGACUAGCGCCCUCUGGCGAUGUGUCCAUGGUAGAAUUGGAUUCGGAAACGCGAUUUUCCGAGAAUAAGCCGUGUUCGGAAAACCUUACGAUCCGUUCUUCACACUUACGUCAAUCUACCCUUCAUGCGGGACCCGCUUUUUUCUUCUUGUUCUCCCCAAGCCGGAAACCACCCCCUGAAGGGACGUGGAAGGAAGAAGAAAAGAAGAAGCAGUUAGCGAAACCCAUCUUUUUCCGCUUGCCCGUCCACGGGGGCCGGAAUUUUUUCGUGGGUCCGCUAGAAUUUGGCCGGGUGCAGAGGAAACGCAGAUCGGAAGCAUCAUUCGGGAAAAGGAGCCCUUUGGAGAAACGAGUAAAACUCGGCAACGAGGACCUGAAAAUGGCGUAAAUUUAGGCACAAUUGGGAAUAGUUGAAUUUUUUGGUGAAUUGUUCUUUUUUUUUGUUGGGGAAACGAACCGAGUGUUCUCGCUUGUUAUGUGUGUGCGUGUGUUCUGUGUGUGUGUGUGAGAGCUGAGUGUUUCCCUUGUGUAUUUGUGACGGGAAAGAAAUUGGGCGUGCGAAAUUUACCGUUUCCGUGCCUCGGUAAAAGUUCUGGCUACGGAAUUUUCGUGGAGACGGCGAGUGUAAAUUAGGACGAGAAAAAUUUUGAAAAGCUCCUGUGAUUUUGGACUCAAUCGGCUGAUCGGUAAAAUUCCUUCUUCUUUAUCCUUGGUAACACGAGAAGAUUGUAAUUUUUUUUUGUGCUGCGGUGGUUUUGGCACACGUGCUUUUUUUCUAUUUUCUUCUGUUCUCUCGGUUGAUCUCAGAAUCCGGAAGCCGUUUGUGAUCCUAUAUAUAAUUAUUAUUCGAAUUCUUAAUUUCCUCGCCCUUGCCUUAAGUUGUCUCUUAAUGGUUAUUUUAAAUGAGUCGCAGAAGCGACCGAGUGAAUUACACGGUUUGCCUCGGUUUGGUUUUUGUGGUUGUUCGGUGCAUUUUCUACCGAGGGUUAUGUUAUGAACAACGCGGAUUUUUGCGGUUCGAUUCAUUUGGAUACUCGCGUUAAAUUUUUUUUUUGUCGAGGAAGAAAAGAAAAAUUUGACGGGAUUCCCGUUUGUGAAACCUACAGAGAA